GCGAGCGCCAUGUCCGCGUGUGCGCCGCGCGCCUGCUGCCGGCCGCGCGCCCCGCCGACACUGCUCGACAUCACAGCGAAAAUAGUCGCCGCCGCGAUCCCUUUCCAGCGCAUCGAGGAGCGCUAUGAACGCAUCCCGGAGCCCGUGCAGCGCCGCGUCGUUUACUGGUCGUUCCCGCGGGAUGAGCGGGACAUAUGCAUGUACUCGUCACUGGCGCGAGCGCCGCCGGACGACCACCGCAACAUCGCCUUCUGCCGCGGCCUCAAGCUGCUGGAGGCUGGCUGCGUGGAGAACGUGCUACAAGUCGGUUUCCAUUUGAGUGGUGUGGUGCGCGCGCCCGCCGCUGUGCCACCAUGCUCGGAACCGGAACGGCUAUACAGGGUCACAGUCUCGUUCGACAGAUGCAAGAUUACGGGGGUGACGUGCAGCUGCGAAGCUCGCGACAUCUUCUGGUGCCAGCACGUGGUGGCGCUGGCGCUGUACCGCAUCCGGAACGCAGACUCCGUCAGACUGAGGGUGCCUAUAUCAGAAACCCUUCUUCAGAUGGACAGGCAGCAGCUCCAGAAGUUCGUGCAGUAUUUAAUAGCGGAGCACCACACAGAAGUCCUACCGACGGCGCAGCGGCUGGCGGACGAGGUCCUGCAGGCCAGGUCCGCCAUCAACAGGAUCUGCGGGGCGCCCGACCCCACUGCUGGACCGCCGCCCGACGCGCACCAUGCCUGGCACCUGGAUGAACAGCAGGUCUGCGAACAAGUGCGAGCGUACUUAUUACAGGGGACAUACUACAAUGCAAACAAACAACUCAACUCAUUAUUUUCUAAGGUACGGGAAAUGCUUCGCGCCCAGGACUCGAACGGCCCUCGGAUGCUCAUGCUCAUGACUGAACAGUUCCUAUCAGACCCUCGGCUACUGUUGUGGCGGAAUCAGAACACACCCAUGACGGAAAAGUGCAGGCAAUUGUGGGAACAAUUGGGAGCGUUAUGGGUCAGCAUAGUGCUGGACCCAGGGAGCAAUAAACAUCGGAGAAUCCAGUGGAGGAAUCUACUGGAGAAGUGGUCCGCUGUAGAGGUCUGUCCGACGGAGGAUCCGGACUACCGGUCUUUUCCUUUGUACGCUAGAGAACGGGAAAGAAACGAGAGAGAUCGCGACAGAGACCACAGAGACCGCGACAGAGAGAGACAUCGGGACCGAGAGGAGAGGGACAGGGAAAGACUGCGGGAACGAGAAGAGAGGGACAGAGAAAGACACAGAGAAAGACAAAGAAGAGAAAUGCAUUCCCAUUCAGAAAGUUCUGAUGAAGAAUCUAGACCUAAUAAUUAUGAACGUGAAUACAGGAGAGCGAGCAAGAGACUUAGAUUACACAACCAAAGACCAGCGACGCAGCUAACGCCACGGACUGUUUUCCAUAAAGCGUUAGAUGCCGUCGACAUAUCCUGGGAGAAUGAUCACCUGAAGAACAUCCUAGGCAGUGACGAGUACUGCGACCCUGACAAGCCGGAGAAACCUGGCUCCUCCACCACCACCACGCUGCAACCUUACCCCAAGUUCAAUGAGGAUGGACAACCUUUGUGGCACGAGCACCUGCCGGUGGUGGGCGCUCGUAUCGAGGCGCUGCGGGCUCACGGGCGCGCGCCCGCCGCGCUGCGCCUCGCCGUCAGCGCCGCGCGGGCCAUGCGACAUCGACAGGAGGUGUCCCAGCAGCGCUGGCAGGCGGAGGUGUCCGGCGGGGGCGCGGGCGGGGCGGGCGGCAGCUCGGAGGGGGGGGAGCGCGCGCGGGCCUCCGCCGUGCUGCAACACAUGGACUUCGGCACCUGUCUGCCCGCACACCACACCUGCGCGCUCUCACACCACCAACGAUGUAUUGGAAGAGACAGCAGAUGUUGGACGGGUUGGACGCUGGAAGCGAUCUGGUGCGUGUACGAGUGUCUAGCGGACGCGUGCCUCGCGCCCGACGACCAGCGCGCCUCGCCGCGCCUUCACACUGCCUACCUAGACGAGGAGCCCAACACCGGCUUACCGCCAAGGUAUCAGCACGUGCCGGUAGCGGGCAGCAAAAACCCCGAGGAGACUUACCUGGCACUGGCGCUGGAAGCGGCGCUGCUGGGGCUGGGCGUGCAGCGCAUGCUGCCGAGCGGGCUGUACGCGCAGGAGCGGCACUGCAAGCAGGAGGAGCGCCUGAUCGCGCAGCUGACGCGCGUGGAGGGCGAGGCGGCGGCGGCCGUGUGCGCGCGCGUGGCGGGCGCGCUGCUGGCGGGCGGCCCCGCCUCGUGUCUGGGCGAGCGCGUGCACCCGCGCGCCGCGCCCGCGCACACCUUCGCGCGCUACCUGUUCCUGGCGCUGCUGCCCGCGCAGCCAGACCUCGCCUACCGCCUGGGCUUGCGUGCCAUGAGGUUACCUAUGGUAGAGGAGGCGUACGCGUUAGACGGCAGCAGUACAGGGGGCGGUGCAGGCGCAGCCGGGGCCUGGCACACGCUGCAGCACGCCGAGCAGCAGCAGGCGGCAUUAGCGAGCGCGCUGCUAGGUGCGGCGCGAGGCAACCCUGGGCGGCUGCGGCUGGCGCUGGGCGCGGCGCAGCGCCACGUGCGCUCGGCGGCGCAGCUGUUCCGCCUCGCGCAGGACGCGCUGCGCCACGCCGCGCCGCCCGCCGCGCCACACCACCACCGCGACCUGCUCGCAGCUGCCUUCGAACUCGGCCUCCAGGUACUCAGGAUGACGUUAUCCUCUGUGAACUGGAGACGGCGUGAGAUGGUGCGCUGGCUGGUCACCUGCGCCACCGAGCUCGGACUUGACGCGCUACUGUCCAUCAUGCAGAACUGGUAUGAGUUAUUCACGCCGACGGAAGCGACGGGCCCGGUGGCGGCGGCGGCGAUGUCGCACGCGACAGCCCUGCGACUCGGCCUCAGCUUCGAACAGCAGGAGAAACUCAGUGCAUGCGCGAGAACGCUAGCCCUGCAGUGUGCCGCUAAGGACCCGCCGGGCUGUGCGUUGAGCGCGCUGUCGGUGUGCGAGGGCUCUGCGGGCGCGUUCGAGGCGGCGUGCGCGGCCGUGGGCGGCGCGGCGGCGCGCGGCGCGCUCGCCUCCAGCCAGCUGUUCGCGGUGGCGCGCUACAUGGAGCAGAGGGGGCAGCCCGCGCGGGCCAUGCGCCUCGCCACGCUCGCCAUGCGGAACCUGCAUCUGCAUUACAACCAGGACAGCCACCCCGCGAUCGCGGACAUCCACUGGGCGGUUGCGCUUGCGCACUCGCUGGGCCGCGCCGAGCUGCAGGCGAUGCUCCCGUUGCUCGUCAAAAACGUACAGUGUGCGCCUGUCUUGUCGGACGUGCUCCGGCGCUGCUGCGUGGCGGCGGCGGGCUGCUCGCGCGCGCGCGGCGCGGCGGCGCGCCCCCCCACGCCGCUGCGGCCGCUGCUGGAGGCCGCGCUCCGGGCGUACGCCUCCACCACGCACGCCAGGCUCGCGCACAUCUCGCCAAGACACUACGCUGACUUCGUCGACUUCUUAGGUAAAGCUCGGGACACAUUUGCCCUCGCGCCUGACGGCCCACACCAGUUCGCGGCACUACUCCAAGAAAUCAAGCUGAAAUACAAAGGGAAGAAGAAACUCAUGUUCCUUGUGAAAGAAAGGUUCGGGUGAACCGUCUUACUCGUUCACAACCCACCGAGAUACAUUAUUAAUAUUCCAUUCCAAUUUAAUUUUAUAAAGCAUUUGUUUCGAUGCGUGAAAUUAAUAUUUUUGGGCCAGUUGUAACAUCGUAUUGUUUAUGGUUUUGUUGUUUUCACUAUGGCUGACGUGGUCAAACAUUAUUGACAACUUUUUAAAUCAGAAAGGUGGAACUUCUUGCAGGAUCACUUCCAAAGAGUUUCGUUAAUUAUAUUUGGUUUGUGAAACAUAUCUGCCAGAUUAUUCCAGAGCCUUUGACCAUGUUCUGCUAUCCACAAGUUAAUGUUAAACUCAUGGCACGCUCUUAUUUGUUUAAUUGGUGCAAUCAUUGUUUACAUUUAAAGUUUUUGUUUGUGUUUUGUUGAUAACGUGCAAUAAGCGGCCAUGAUAAAGACAAAUUUAGCUUACGCUACGUGAGAUGUCGUCAUCAGAACUAGUUUCAAUAAUGAGUAUUAUCGUGGGAAGUUUCAAAUUGGCGUCUAUGCAUUUUGACUUGCCCAAGUGUAAUGUAAAGAUGUCCAUGUCUCGUCAGAGCCCCGGAACUGAGUGAUCGAGGACUGUGUUUCGUUCCGCGGUAAUUUUCGCUCGAUAUUUUUUUACCGGAUGGGUAAAAAUCAUUACCUCAUGCAAGGUACAACCCGUGUACCAGCCGUGUACCAAACCAGUCUAUUUUAAAGUAUUAUUUUUUAUUUAAUAAUUAUAAAUACGGCUGACCUCGUAAUUUUCAUUUUUUUAUAAUCGUAAGAAAUGAUCUCAAUAAUUCCAUUUGUGUAAAUAGAAACAAGUUUGUAAAUAUAGACAAGUUUAGUAUUGGGAUAUGUUAGUUAAUUAAUGUAAGGUUUGUGAUAUGUGCGAGUAUUGCGUGUGUAAAUGUAACCAUGUUUGUUUUAUGUCGAAUAUUGAUUGAUGUGGGGCGGUAUUCGCACAAAUCGCAAGUUGUCAGUAGUAUAGCGCGCCAUUCGAAUAGCGUCCAAUAGCAAUGGAAGAAUUCAUAAAAUAUGACACAACACCAAAGAAAUAUAUCAUAAGUCCAAGUGUGAGAUAAGCAAUGCCAUCAUAUUUUCAGUAUUCUUGAGUAUUCUGUCUGUAGAUAUUCUUUUAUGUAAGCUCCCGUUUUUGUUUGUUUCGCAACUUGUUCAACGUAUUAGAAAAAGUGUUCUUUUAAAAAAAAAACCGUUACAAAUUGGCGCUAUAACCUUUUUGUCAAAUCGAAUUAUCGUUAUUUAACUAAUCAAGCCGUAUUCCUUGUCUGUUUUAUUUCGUUACACAAAUAUUAUUUAAGAGCUAUUACUUUGAAUAUUAAUAUUUAAAUUACAAUCGCUGUUCAUUUCUUAAACUCUGCCUUUUUCUUGUUUAGAGUAGAAUGUAAAAUUUAACAAGAAGUGCAUUUAUAAAGAUAGAAAUGAUUAAUAUUUAAAUAGAGGAUGUAUGAAUAGUGUGGAGAGGAUAGGAUGAAUUGAAUAGUAUAUAGAAUUAACGAAGGACUUUUGUACUUUUUGUGGUGUGUAUGAGGGUUGGGCAAAACGUUAUUUUGAAAUUGUACAAAGAGAAUAAUAAAAAUAUCAUGUACGCGUUCAAUAAAUCAAAAGUUUGCCAACCCUAAAAUGUGUCAAAUAAAAAACAGGACAUUAGUACUCAUUAUAAUAUUGUAAAUGUAAAUAUAAAAGAUAUGAUUUUUAGUUAGAACGCUGAUAGUAGCCACAUCCAAUAUCUUCCUUAUCAGAGAACUUUUACACGGAAGUAAUGAAUAUCAGGUUAGUCAGGAAUUAGGAAAAUGUAUGUUAUUUAUUAUACCGCUUUAUACUUGUUACAUACAUAGAGCAGCGAGACAUAGCUAAGUGGGCGCUGAGUCGGCAGAAAACAUAUUUCGCUUGCGUCCGCCAUAUUGGUCGACAUGUCAAAAAGGUUACAAGAUGGCCGAAGCGUUUCUUAAAAUCGUUUGCUUUUAAGUGAAUUGUUUUAAGUAACGUGUGAUCCUACAAUCUCGAAUAUUAAACAAAUAUAUUCUCUGCUCACUCAGCAAAAUACAAAAUGAUAAAGGAGUGUUUGUAAAAAGUGUUGUCAAUGCAUCCCGGCGCAUGUGAAAUGAAGAAUAAUUAUUUUUUGUAUGAGGAGAUAAAUUAAUUUUCAUAGCAAAUAAAUGUUUGAAUGUCGAGCAAUAAUUUUGUAGCCUUCAGCCGGUCUGCUGUGAUUGUUUGUGCAACUCUAUUGGUUGUUGAGAACUUUUAGCUUUGUAAUCAGUUUUGGAGCCUUUGAGAUGUGAAGGGUAUGAUGCUAAAGAUUUGAUCCAUGGAAAUUAUUUGGAGAUUAUUUUAUAUUUGUAUUAAAAAGUUAGCGAUUUUCCUGUUUUGUGGGCUUAUUGGCUAAAGCAAUUUCUAACUCAAGUGACAAUUCAUUGAUACAACAAGAAUACUCUCUUUUUGAAAAACAACUAUUUCCAUAUUAAUUUGCAACAAUGUCUUAACAUCUGACGAUAACUCAUAUUAAAUCCAUACCAAUGAAUAUAAUUUUUAAGCGCAUUUAGCCAAUACGCCUAAUUCAAAUAUUCUAUCGAUCAGGGAAACGGUUAAUGAAACAAUAAGUAGGUAAACUUUUUAAGGCUGAUUCAGACGAUGCGAGAAAUAUCGUGCAAGUGGCUAUACAUUGCCGACUUUGAAACUUCACUUUUGAUACCAGAGAGCAAUACCGAACCGCAAUGUAUUGCACCUCGUACCAUUUCCCUCGACGUCUAAAUGGGCCUUAAGUAUCAUAGAUCGUGUUUUGUUUUUCUCGAACAUAGUAGACUUGCCAAGUUGUCUCCAAGCGAAUACUGACCUCAAGUGCCUUCAGGCGAGUCCAAAUAGCCAGGCCGGCUCACAGACGUUUACGUUGUACCUUCAUUUUGUACUGUCAGUGUUAUAUUGUAAUUGUGUUGUACGUCAAACGUGGACACCCUUCAGUGCUGGUAUUAUGAAGGUGAUAAUUUCAAUAUAAAUAAUUGAAAAAUCUA